AUGUCGAAUAACCCUGAAAUAUCAAAUAUUUAUGUCGAUUGGUUAGAAAAAUCAAUCUCUGAUGAAUAUUUAAUCCAUUAUGAAUAUUCGGACUUUGACAAUUUAGAACCAAUCGGAAAUGGUUCAUUUGGAAACGUUAUGCGUGCGAACUGGAAAAAUCCAGAUCAAAUUGAAUUACCGAUAAAUGGUUCAUCUAGCCCCAAAUCAAGUAUAGAAAUAGAUGAGGAUUUAGAUUGUUUAGAAUUAACUGAAGAUAUUAAAAAUUACACUGAAGUAAAAUCUUCUCAAUCAAAUAUGACGAAUUUCAAAAAUAAUUCAUUAGUUAAUAUUAAUAAAUCUAGCCUUAAAUCAAGCAAAGAGAUAGAUGAUGAUUUAGAGGAUUUAGAAAUAACUAAUUUUUAUAAGAAUAAUAAUGAAAGCAGUUCAAGUUUGCGAA